AUGAAGCUGCGGUUACGAAUUUAUGUCGAAAGCAAUGAGAUUCCAGUUUGGUGCAACAAUAAAGUAACAGCUUCAUCUAUUUGUUUGACUAUGCCCACAGUACAGAAUAAUGAGUAUAACUUCUUAGGAAUGGUUCUCUGGUUUGUUUCCCACUUUUGCAAUGAAACCACCCGUCUUCAAGAGUUUGAUGUUACUAUUGACCAGCCUCCAGCUUUUUUCUGGAGGUUUAAUAUACCCGACAGUGAGGGAGAAGUAUCAUGUGUUCAUUACUUAUCUUUCUCAAAUGGUAGACCUUUUAAUGUCCUGAACAUCAUCAAAGGCGGGGAACAGAUAAGAGUAAUGGAUGGCAGUGACGGAGGCAUAAUAAAGAAGAUAGGAGUACAUCUGUUAUAUUUAGAUCAACAUGCAUUGUCAUCGACUUCUGUUUUGUGUUUGUCUGAGACUGAUUUCCUAAGUUUAUUGGGAGUUAAUACUGCUAAGAAGUUUAAGAUUUGCGCGGUAACAAUUUCCACUGUCUACGCGAUGAGAGAAUCAUCUUCUUNUUAUUUCCGAUUGUGUCAAGUCGGAGUUAAUACUUUCAUAGAUGAUGAGGAAUUGAGAAAGGGAGACGUCAUUUCAACAGAACUUGAGAAAGCAAUUGAAGAAUCUAGGGUUGCCAUUGUUGUUUUCUCCAAAAAUUAUGCUUCGUCUAGUUGGUGUCUUGAUGAACUUGUCAAAAUUCUCGAUUGCAGAGAGAGGUUAAAUCAGGUAAUUUUGCCUAUUUUCUAUGAUGUUGAUCCUUCUCAAGUGCGAAGGCAAACUGGUUGUUUCGGUGAAGCUUUGGCGAAACACAAGGAACUAUCAUUUGGAGCUGAAAGAGUGGAGAAGUGGAAAGCUGCACUGACUGAAGCUGCGAAUUUAUCUGGAUGGAAUUUGAGAAAUGUUGCUGAUGGGCAUGAAUCAAAAUUUAUUGGAAGUAUUAUAAAACAAGUUUUGCAAGAGGUCAAUGAGAAACCUCUAGAUGUUGCUCAUUACCAAAUUGGAUUAGAUUCUUCCAUCCAACAUAUAGAGUUGUUCCUGCAAAGUGGAUGUGAGCAUGAAGUUCGCAUGGUUGGUAUAUGUGGCGUUGGUGGAAUUGGAAAAACAACUUUGGCAAAAGCUAUCUACAAUCGAAUAGUUCGACAAUUUGGUGGUUGUUGCUUCCUUUCAGACAUUAGAUCAAAAGCUAAAGAAUCGGGUCUAGUCAAGCUACAAGAGAAACUACUUUGUCAAAUUCUCAAAACUAAGGAAUUCAAAGUUGAUAGUGUUGCUGAAGGUGUCAAUCUAAUCAAAGCAAGGCUUGGGUCAAAGAAGGUUCUAAUUGUUCUUGAUGAUGUGGAUCAUAAAAGCCAAUUAGAAUCCUUAACAAGAGAAAGAAGUUGGUUUGGCUCUGGUAGUGUAAUUAUUAUUUUACAACACGAGACAAAAUAUGUUGAGCUGGCACAAGACAUAAUAAAAUAUUCAGGUGGGUUACCAUUAGCUCUUGUGACAUUGGGGUCACAUUUGCAAGGGCGAUCCGUAGAAGAAUGGAGAUACGAGUUCAAAAUACUAAGAGCAAUUCCUCAUGGUGAUAUUCAAAAGAUUCUCCAGAUAAGCUUUGAUGGACUUGAUGACCAUCCUAAGAAUGUUUUCCUUGAUAUCGCGUGCGCCUUCCAUGGACUUUUUGAGGAUGAAGUUACCAAAACAUUAAAUGCAUGUGGUUUUCAUUCUGAAAGUGCAAUUUCAACCUUAGUCCAAAAGAGCUUGCUCCAAAGGGAUUGGCCUUUUUUGGUGAUGCAUGAUCUUGUGCGGGAUAUGGGAAGGGAAAUCGUUCGUAGGGAAUCACCUCGAGACUUUGGAAAACGGAGUAGAUUGUUCAACCCUCAAGAAGUCCUGGAUGUCCUACAAGGAAAUAAAGUCACUGAGAAACUUGUAAUCCUGAAUAUGAAAGGGAGCAAUAUCAAAGAAUUUGGUUUGAAUUUGCAGUAUUGUAGAAGUUUGAAGAAGCUGAAUCUUUCUGAUUGCAAACGCCUCAGAAGUACUCCAAACUUCAGGGGUUCACGAAGUCUUGAAACUUUGUCGCUUAAGUAUUGCUCAAUUCUAAAGGAGAUCCAUCCAUCAAUAGGAAAUUUGGAAAGACCAACUGAUCUUCAAUUGAAUGGUUGCAAAAAGAUAUCAGAUCUUCCGAGCAGCAUAUGCCAGCUAAUAUCUCUUGAACACUUGAGCGUUAAUGACUGCUUAUCUUUACAAACACUGCCAGCUGACAUUGGAGAUAUGCAAAGCCUAAGCUAUCUCUAUGCGCAAGAUACGGGUAUAAAACAAUUGCCCGGAUCUGUUGAAAUGCUAAGAAAUCUUACAGAUUUGCAAGUGGGAGGUCGAAAUUUAGAGGCCAAAAGGAGAGUUUAUCAAAGAAGAUCCCACCAUAUAGAAUCCUUGCCAAUUUCUAUUUCUCGUUUAAGCCUUCGAUAUUUUGGUUUAUCCGAGGAUGAUAUUCCUAGGGACAUUGGGAGAUUAUCCAACUUACAUGAUUUAGAUUUGAGCGGCAACAGUUUCCUUUAUCUACCCUUUGAUUUCUCCAAGUUACCAUGGUACACUCCCGUCAAUAUCAAAUUUAGAAAUCCAUUAAAUGAAGGCUUCUUUAGUGCCCCUGCUCUAUCAAUUCCGUCUAGAGAACAUCAACGGUAUGAGCAGCAGUUACAAAUUAAUCUCGAAAGCAAUGAGAUUCCAGAUUGGUGCAGCAAUAAAGUAACAGCUCAUGAAUCUAUUUGUUUGACUAUGCCCACACUACAUAAUGAGGAGUAUAAGUUCUUAGGAAUGGUUCUCUGGUUUGUUACUGUUUCCCAUAUAAAGCGUUUAGCUUCUCUGUUUCGUUGGGAUAAUGAUAAACGUGACAGUGUGGGAGAAGUAUCAUGUGUAUAUUACUUCCCUUGCUCAACUGUUACACUGUUUGAAGGCCUGGAGAUCAAAGGCGGGGAACAGAUAAGAGUAGAGGAUCGCACUGGCGGAGCCGUAGUAAAGAAGAAAGGAGUACAUCUGUUAUAUUUAGACCAACAUGGCAAUGUUACUUCUUUCCCGGCAAAAAAAGUAGUAGAAGAAAAGAAGACAAAAAGAAAAAUGAUGUUUGGUGGCAGUCGUGGACGAGUAUUGGUGUUCCCCAUUUACUUCAACUUUUUCCAUUUGUAUAUUGCUAGUUUCUUACUCAUGGUCUUUCGAGAUUCACUUUGCUAG